UAUAGUCAUGUGUGAUCUUGUUUGAUUUGUCUUAACAUAUAGAUUAUUAAUAUAUAAUUUCUAUAAUUUUUUAAUAUACAAAUUACAAGAUAAAAUGGAUUAAAGAAGUGUAUUGGAUGGUGUGUAAAAAUGAAAGUGGACAAAUACUCUGGGACGGAGUGGAACUACAAGAUUCAGGUGAAGAGAUGGACAGCGAACUCCUGCUCAGUCGCUUCACUGCAGGGAGGAAGAGGAAGAGAGAGACGAAGGGCAAGGGAAACGCUCUUCGUCCCACCACGGGGAGGGUCCUUCCCAGGAGCCGGCUGCCAGAUGGCGACCUCGCUGGGUCCUCACUGGGUGUCGCCUCGGAGCGACCUCCUUCGCCCCCCGCUGUGACCUACGAGGUGGCGACCAGAGGUCGUUCGACGAGGCUUGGCAUCCCUCCUCUGCCCCAGAACUUAGGGGACGUGCAACUGGAGACCCUGAUCACCCUGCCCGCUGAGGACCAAGCUCGCAUCUCGGCCGGUUCUGAGGACGACCUUGAUAACAUGGUCCUUUUAAGGCUAAGCCAGGCCACGCUGGGGAUGAUCGAGGUGGUUGGUAGGAGACGGGGUCGCCAGGCCGCCGCGGACGAGGCGAUGAAAGCAGCCGAGUCCACGCAGAAGGAGCUGCAGGAAGAGGAGAACCGCUGUGCCGCCCUUGAAGCAGACAAGGCCUCCUUGUCCCUGGAGAUAGAAUCUGUUUCUGCCCGCGUGCUCGAACUGGAGGGGGAGAAAACUGAUCUGAUCCAGCAGUUGGAAGGGGAGAGGAGCGACCGGGUCCGUCAUGCAGAGGAAGCGGUAGAAUCCUUCAAGUCAUCUUCCGACUUCACGGUGGUCGCGAUGGAGCGGAUGGAAGAGCUAACGGCUGCUUGGCUCGAAACUGAACCUGGGGCUCAAUGGAUGGUCAAGGAGGGCACCAAGUCCUUCAAUUGUGGACUCUUCCGGGCCCAGCAGGUCUUCCGUGACAGACUGGCUCAGCUCCCCAAAGGAUUCUCUCUCCCCGACCUCGGCUUUCCCCCUCCUUGCCGCUCCCUGGCCGAGUUCGACCCCCGCCCUUAUUUGGACGAAGGGAGCUCAAGCGCGUCUGAAGAGGAGGAAGAAGGAGGAGAAGAAGACGGCCCAGGCGAUCAAAAUCCGGGGGCUAGCUUAGCCACAUCCAAGGCGGGAAUUCAUGUCUCCUUGAACCUUUCCGAUGGGCCGGCUCCUUCUUCGCCGGAGCCUGCCUCCUCCCCCAGGUCAGUCAAUUCUAAUGACUGGGGGGGGCUAGACCCUUACGAAUUCUGCCGCCGAUUGCCUCGCCGGCAGUGGCCAUCGGUGAAACCGCCGCCACUACCACCAAACCCUUAUGAUGACUUCAGUGAAGCAUACAAGGCCCUCUCCGCCAAUCGCUUGCCUGACGGAAGGAUUGACUGGGACGCUCCAUGCUCCCUCCAUUCCCUGCAAUGCAUGGCCUGGGAGAGCUUUCAGGAUGAGCACUUACCCCUCCUGGAGCACGAGUGCGCAUACUACACGAGUCUUGAGCGAUGGACUGGCGAAAGUCGCACCAGUUCGCCGGUGAGGCCUAAGGAGGAGGUUGUGUUGGGGGAAGAACUGGGUUCCAGUCCACCUCGCCCCUCCGACCGUGCAACUUCCCGGAGAACCCGUAGGUGACCUGGAGUAGCUCGAUCGGCUUCAGGAUCUCCAUCCUCAUCUAGGUGAUGCUGGUUGGGGUUCUGGGGGCGACCGACCCUGUUCCGCGUCGGGGAAGAAAAGUGGUCGUCCCGG